UUCUGUCUCCUUCUUUCUGUCUCAGCUAAGAGGUGUGUGCUUGGAACUCCUUCCUUUUUUGUUUAGUCAUUUCUUGAGGAUAUAACUAGCUUUCGUGAAUGCUUUUACUGCUAUUGAAAGAUAAACAUGCAAGGAGCUAUUUUGUGGACUGUCUCUCUCUGGCUGGGUUUGGUUGGUGCUAUACCAAUCGUAUUAAAGUUGAAAUCGGCUCACGAUUUCGACCCAAGAUAUCCUGAAGAAGUUCCUGGAAUGUUCCAAGGUGAUAUUGAUCUUGAAGGCCGCAACAUUUUUUCCCGCAAUGCAAUUGGCUCAGCCAAGAAGAAGUGGCCCAGCACAACAAUUCCUUUCAAAAUCCAUUCCUAUUUCAGUAAGUACCGCUUCCUGUCAUACUUCCAUUGCAGUCUCUUUAAUUUUUCCUUUGAACGCAGAUGCCAUAGUCCUGUUGGAUUCAAAGACAAAAGCCAAGGCGUAUCCCUUGGAUUUGGUUGUCGAGACAUGGGCACGGUUGUACAUGAAACAUUGCACAAUUUGGGAUUCUAUCAUGAACAGAGUCGGCCUGAUAGAGACUUGUACAUCAAAUUAAACAUGACCAAUGUCCAAAAAGGUCAUGAAAAAAAUUUCUUGAAAAUGUAUCCCCCAUUGAUUGACACUCAGAACCUGCCAUACGACUACAAUUCCAUCAUGCAUUAUGGACCUCACGCUUUUGCAAUAGACCGUGCCAUUCCAACAAUUAUUCCUCUGAAAAAAAAUGUAGUUAUUGGACAACGUAGUGGCAUGAGUCAAUUGGACAUCAUCCAGCUUCAAAGACUCUACAAAUGUCCAGAACGACAAUACAUUCCUAUACAAGAUGGCCACACAGUGAGUCCCAACUGUACGUUUGACGGAGGAUUGUGUGGCUGGCAAAAUGUCACAAUGGAUCCGUCAAUAAAGAAUAACACUUGGCUCCGUCAAAAUGCUGAAACUCUAAGUUUACACACUGGGCCCUUGAUGGAUCAUACAAUUGGUGCUGUAGAUGGUUAUUACCUUUUUACGGAAGCUUCAUCAAAUUACCAUUCUGUAGCAAAAAUUCGUACACCAAAAGUGACACCUGGAAAACACUGUCUUCAGUUUUGGUAUCACAUGUAUGGAAAAGAUAUGGGGACUCUAAAAGUAAAUAUCGUCACCGAUGGUCAGAAAGCUAUAAAUAUUGUUAAAAUAAGUGGAAACAAAGGCAACGUGUGGCUGCAGAGUAAGACUGGUUUUACUGCAACAGAGAAUACACAGGUGGAAUUUGAAAGUAUAACUGGGGAACAUUACAGAAGUGAUAUGGCCAUAGAUGAUGUUAUAGUGCAAGACGGAACCUGUUGAUUAUGUACUUACUUGUUUGUUAUUACAUAAUAUAUAUAUAUGCACACGCGCACACACACACACACACACACACACACACACACACACACACACACAUAUAUAUAUAUGUUUGUGUGUGUGUAUAUAUGUGUGUGUGUGUUUAUAUAUAUGUAUGUAUGUAUAUGUAUGUAUUUAUGUAUAUGUAUAUGUGUGUGUUUAUGUAUGUAUGCAUAUAUGUAUGUGUUUAUACAUAUGUGUGUGUGCAUCUAUGUAUGUAUGCAUAUAUGUAUGUAUACUUUUGUGAAUAUUUAAGGAAGUUAUAUUCCUCAUGCUAAUUAACUGCCUUAUAAUAAACAAAUCUCACUAA